AUGGCGGACAAGGAAGCAACGGUUUACAUUGUGGAUCUGGGGAAGUCCAUGGGGGAGAAGCGCCAUGGCCGACCAGUGACGGAUCUUGAAUGGGUCAUGGAAUAUGUCUGGGAUCGUAUCACAGCAAUAGUAGCUACAGGGCGCAAAACAGCUACAAUCGGCGUCAUUGGCCUCAAAACAGAUGAAACGUCCAAUGAACUUGAAGAAGACCCUCACUUUCGGCACAUUUCGGUACUCUCUGGGAUCCAACAGUUCCUCAUGCCAGAUAUCAGAAAAUUGGCGGGAACAAUUAAGCCCAGCAAGACCGACAAGGGAGACGCUAUUUCUGCCAUCAUCCUCGCCAUUCAGAUGAUCGUCACAUAUUGUAAGAAGCUCAAGUACAAGCGGAAGAUUGUCCUUGUUACAAAUGGUCGAGGAUGGAUGAGCAGUGAGGAUCUCGAGCAGAUCACGCAGAAGAUCAAAGAAGACAAUAUUGAGCUUGUAGUGCUGGGCACCGACUUCGACGAUCCCGAAUAUGGAUUCAAAGAAGAGGAAAAGGAUGCACAGAAGGCUGAAAACGAAGCUCUUCUUCGAGGUCUGGUUGAAGAUUGCGACGGAGCAUAUGGUACGCUUGAACAAGCCGUGUCUGAGAUGGACAUCCCGCGCGUCAAAAAGGUCAGGACAGUAGCAACGUUCAAAGGAUAUCUUCAGCUCGGGAACCCGGAAGAAUAUGAGACUGCUCUCCGUAUCCCCGUCGAACGGUAUUACCGCACGUAUGUGGCGAAGCCCCCAAGCGCGAGCUCUUUUGUACUCCGCUCAGAGAUACCUGAGCAAGACCUCGAAGAAUCCGGAACUGUCACAGGCACACCGGAUACCCACCCUGAAGGUGGCCCUCUUACGAGCGUGAGGAACUUACGAACCUACCAAGUCACUGAUGAGAAUGCCCCUGGUGGUAAGGUGGAUGUGGAACGGGAGGAAUUGGCAAAAGGCUAUGAGUACGGCCGGACAGCGGUACAUAUCAGUGCAACGGAUGAGAACAUUACGACACUCGAAACAUUCGCAGCACUGGAACUGGUGGGCUUCAUACAAACCGAUAAAUACGACCGGUACAUGCAUCUCACAACAACCAACAUCAUUGUUGGGCAGCGUGGAAACGAUAAAGCCUCAUUGGCUGUAUCGUCCUUCAUCCACGCUCUUUUUGAACUAGAAUGUUUUGCUGUUGCUCGUUUGGUAACAAAAGAGAAUAAAGCUCCGGUUAUGGUGUUGCUUGCCCCGUCAAUCGAACCGGACUACGAGUGUCUCCUCGAAGUCCAGCUACCAUUUGCUGAAGAUGUUCGGACAUAUCGUUUCCCUCCUCUGGAUAGAGUGAUCACUGUCUCCGGCAAGGUCGUGACCGAACAUCGAAAUCUUCCCAACAAGGACCUGCUUGAUGCUAUGAGUAAGUAUGUGGAUAGCAUGGAACUUGCGAAUACCGAUGAGGACGGAGAACCAGUUGAAGGUCUUCCUAUCGACAACUCCUUCUCGCCGGUCUUGCACCGCAUCGAUUCCGCAAUUCGCUACCGUGCCAUACAUCCCAACGAUCCAGUGCCUCCCCCUUCGAAAAACUUGACUAAGCUAUCGCAACCACCGCAAGAGUUGGUGGAAAAAGCAGAGCGCUAUCUAGAAAAGCUCAUGGCUGCUGCUGAUGUCAAGAAGGUACCACCGAAGGCCAAAGGACGCAAGCGUGCUCGUGAGAGCGAGAAGCCACUUUCCGGCCUCGACGUCGAUGCGCUCCUUCAUCAGGAAAAACGCGCGAAAAUCUCUUCGAAUAACGCAAUCCCAGAAUUCAAACAAACCUUAGCUCAGGCAGAAAACAUUGAGACGAUUACCGAGGCAGUGAAACAGAUGAAUACUAUUAUUGAGGAUCAAGUACAAAACAGUCUCGGCGAUGCGAACUAUGACCGAGUGAAUGAGGCACUGGGGGUCAUGCGGGGUGAGCUUAUAGCUUUCGAGGAACCUGCACUCUACAACGACUUCCUGCGGCAGCUCAAAGACAAGCUAUUGAAAGAGGAACUGGGAGGAGACCGACGAGAACUCUGGUGGCUGCUUCGGCGGAGUAAACUCGGGUUGAUUCAUCAUCGUGAAUCAGAUCAAUCGGAUGUGACUGAGGAACAGGCCAAAGAGGGCGUUAACAGCAAGGAAUGA